CCCUGGCGCCAGGCCCAGGUGGCCGCGCAGAUUCAAGGCCCCCCCCAGGGCUGGCGCGUUCCCAGCGACAAGGGGCUUUAGCGAGGCAGUUCCGGAGCUGCCGCAAUGACGAGGCGGGAGCCCAGCCGUUGCCGCUGAGACAGCGCGCUCCCUGCUCCAGCUCGGAGGCGCCUGGCCCGGGCAAGGCCUGGGCUAGGAGCGGAGCGAUCCCCCACCGGGCCCUGUCUCCCCAGGCAGCGCCUCGCCGAGCCGGGAUUCGGGAGUGCCCCGACCCGCGGGCCAGGCCCCGCUAGCGCGCCUGCGCGGCGGCCAUUUUGGCGAGCGGUGAGGGUUGAGUCAGUGGCCGGUGGCAGGACGGUCUCUUCCCGGCGGACGAGCCCCGCUAGUGCGGCGUGUAACAUACAAGCAAGAUGUCUCGAAGAUAUGAUUCCAGAACUACUAUAUUUUCUCCAGAAGGUCGUUUGUAUCAAGUUGAAUAUGCUAUGGAAGCAAUUGGGCAUGCAGGCACUUGCCUGGGAAUUUUAGCAAAUGAUGGUGUAUUGUUAGCAGCAGAACGGCGCAACAUCCACAAGCUUCUUGAUGAAGUCUUUUUUUCAGAGAAAAUAUACAAGCUUAAUGAGGAUAUGGCUUGCAGUGUUGCAGGGAUAACUUCAGAUGCUAAUGUUCUAACAAAUGAACUGAGACUUAUUGCACAAAGGUAUCUAUUGCAGUAUCAAGAACCAAUUCCUUGUGAGCAGUUGGUAACAGCACUGUGUGAUAUCAAGCAAGCUUAUACACAGUUUGGAGGAAAACGUCCUUUUGGUGUUUCAUUGCUGUACAUUGGCUGGGAUAAGCAUUAUGGAUUUCAGUUGUAUCAGAGUGAUCCUAGUGGAAACUAUGGAGGAUGGAAAGCUACAUGCAUUGGGAAUAAUAGUGCUGCAGCUGUGUCAAUGUUAAAACAAGACUAUAAAGAAGGAGCAAUGACCUUGAAAUCUGCACUUGCUUUAGCCAUUAAAGUGCUAAACAAAACCAUGGAUGUUAGCAAACUUUCUGCAGAGAAAGUUGAAAUUGCAACAUUGACAAGAGAGAAUGGAAAGACAACAAUUAGAGUACUAAAGCAAAAAGAGGUGGAACAGUUGAUAAAAAAACAUGAGGAGGAAGAAGCAAAAUCUGAGCGUGAAAAGAAAGAAAAAGAACAAAAAGAAAAAGAUAAAUAGAACUUGAAAUCAGGCAUUUUAUAGAUUAUAUAGGACCUGCUUCAAUGAAAGAUUUGGAUUUCCACUUCAUGAAAGCCUGCAAAUCUGAUACAGUGGAAAAGCCAGAAAUAAUAUUUAUUGAGCCAGGCCCUCAAUCAUUAUAAAAUUUAAUACUUGAUUUACCGCUUCUUACUAUUACUUUAAUUCUGGAUUCAUUUAUUUCUUACAUCUUUUCGUUUUGUAUUAAAGAAUAAAAUGUAAAAAGAA